AUGCGGGAGACCCCGGGGCGCGAGGAGUCGGAGCCGGGCGUGGAGGCCCCGUGCGCCGCAUCCUGCCACGCGCAGCGCAUCCUGCAGACGCUCAACGCAUACCGGCGGAGCGGCACCCUCACCGACGUGGUGCUGCGCGCCGGCGGCCGCGACUUCCCCUGCCACCGCGCGGCGCUCAGCGCGGCCAGCGCCCACUUCCGCGGCCUGUUCGCCGCCGGCCGGCCCGAGCGUGCAGCGGCCGUGGUCCCGGUAGGACCCGAGGCGCCCGGGGCGGCGGCGGCCCUGGCCGUGGUGCUCGACUACAUAUACGGCGCGGGCGUGCGGCUGCGCGCCGAGGAGGAGGCGGCCGCCGUGCUGGCGCUGGCCGAGCGCCUGGGCGUGGCGGGGCUGCGGGAGGCGUGCGCGCGCUUCCUCGAGGGCCGCCUGCGGGCCGCCAACAGCCUGGCGCUGCGCCGCGUGGCCGCCGCCUUCUCGCUCGCCUCCCUGGCCGAGCGCUGCGGCCGCGUGCUGCGCCAGGCCUUCGUGGAGGUGACGCGCCACGCCGACUUCCUGGAGCUGGCGCCCGACGAGGUGGCGGCGCUGCUGGCCGACCCCGCGCUGCGCGUGGCCCGCGAGGAGGCCGUGUUCGAGGCGGCCAUGCGCUGGGUGCGCCACGACGCGCCGGCUCGCCGCGGGCAGCUGCGGCGCCUGCUGGAGCACGUGCGCCUGCCGCUGCUGGCGCCCGCCUACUUCCUGGAGAAGGUGGAGGCCGAUGAGCUGCUGCAGGCCUGCGGCGACUGCCGCCCGCUGCUGCUGGAGGCCCGCGCCUGCUUCAUCCUGGGCCGGGAGGCGGGCGCGCUGCGGGCCCGGCCGCGGAGAUUCAUGGACCUAGCGGAAGUGAUAGUGGUCAUCGGCGGGUGUGACCGAAAGGGACUCCUGAAGCUGCCUUUCGCCGAUGCUUACCACCCCGAGAGUCAGCGCUGGACCCCACUGCCUAGCCUGCCUGGUUACACACGCUCUGAAUUUGCCUCCUGUGCACUGCGAAAUGACAUUUACGUUUCUGGAGGUCACAUCAACAGCCGUGAUGUCUGGAUGUUUAGCUCCCAUCUGCACACCUGGAUCAAGGUUGCCUCGAUGCACAAGGGCAGGUGGAGGCACAAGAUGGUGGCCCUGCAGGGACAGCUCUUUGCAGUGGGCGGCUUCGAUGGCCUACGGCGCCUGCGCAGCGUGGAGCGCUACGACCCGUUCUCCAACACCUGGGCGGCCACAGCGCCCCUGCCGGAAGCCGUGAGCUCUGCAGCGGUGGCGCCCUGCGCUGGCCAGCUGUACGUGAUUGGGGGCGCCGGGCAGGACGGUGUCAACACUGAUAAGGUGCAGUGCUUUGACCCCAAGGAGGACCAGUGGAGGCUGCGGUCACCAGCACCCUUCUUGCAGCGGUGUCUUGAGGCCGUCUCCCUGGAAGACACCAUUUAUGUGGUGGGAGGCCUCAUGAGUAAAAUUUUCACCUAUGACCCUGGCACCGAUGUCUGGGGAGAGGCAGCUGACCUGCCCGGCCCUGUGGAGAGCUGUGGCGUGACAGUGUGUGACGGGAAGGUGCACAUCCUCGGUGGGCGGGACGAACAUGGGGAAAGCACCAACAGCGUCUUCACCUUUGACCCCAGCAGUGGGCAGGUGGAGGCCCAGCCAGCGCUGCAGCGCUGCACCAGCUCGCAUGGCUGUGUCACCAUUGUCCAGAGCCUGAGCAGAUGACUGGGACAGCCUGAACCAGGAGGCGGAGAAAACUUGGGCAUGGCACUUGGCUCCCCUCCUGGACCCUCCAUGUGAAUAGUCCUCUAACUUAUUGCCCCUUUCCUCGUAGAAAUAAAAAAGGUUGUUCAAAA